AAUACUGUACUUCAUGAACUAAUUUAUAAAAAUGUAGAACCUUUAUUUAAUGUAUUAGCAGGAGAAUUUAAAGAGGAAAAAGCUCCUAAUAACAGAAGAAGAUCUAGAUCACGAUCCCCAAGAAAACCACGAUCAAGAAGUAGGGAAAGAAAGAGAUCAAGGUCUAGAGAAAGAAAAAGGAAAUCAAAGAGUCGCUCACCACCCAAACCAAAGCAAACUCGUAGAAAGAAGCCAUACAAAUACUGGGAUGUUCCUCCUACAGGAUUUGAACAUAUGUCACCUAUGCAGUACAAAGCCAUGCAGAGUGCUGGACAGAUUCCACAAACAAUUACUGUACCAAAUGUCAACCUGACAAACACAACUGUACCAUUUGCUGGCAGUGCUAUCAGUAGACAAGCUAGACGUCUCUAUGUUGGUAACAUGCCUUUUGGUGUUACAGAAGAAGCUAUGAUGGAUUUUUUCAAUCAUCAGAUGAAAUUAUCAGGUUUAGCACAAGCUGAAGGAAACCCUAUUAUUGCUGUACAAAUUAACUUGGAUAAAAAUUUUGCAUUUUUAGAGUUCCGUUCCGUAGAUGAGACAACACAAGCCAUGGCUUUUGAUGGUAUUAAUUUUCAAGGUCAAUCUUUGAAAAUCAGAAGACCCAGGGAUUAUCAGCCCUUACCUGGAAUGUCAGAAAAUCCUACAGUGAAUGUACCAGGUGUGGUAUCAACAGUUGUACAAGAUUCACCGCACAAAGUAUUCAUUGGUGGAUUACCUAAUUAUCUCAAUGAAGAUCAGGUAAAGGAGCUGUUGACUUCAUUUGGACCACUGAAAGCCUUUAAUUUGGUAAAAGACAGUGCUACAGGACUCUCAAAAGGUUAUGCAUUCUGUGAAUAUGUUGAUGUCAAUAUUACUGAUCAGGCAUGUGCUGGAUUGAAUGGAAUGCAGCUUGGUGAUAAGAAGGUCAUAGUUCAGAGAGCAAGUGUUGGUAAAAUGAAUGCACAAAUGCCUGUACAGUUACAAGUACCAGGUAUUAACCUUUCCCAAGGAGCUGGACCUCCAACAGAGGUGUUAUGCUUGAUGAAUAUGAUAACACCUGAAGAGCUGGAGGAUGAAGAAGAAUAUGAAGAUAUUUUGGAGGAUGUCAAAGAAGAAUGUGGGAAGUAUGGUGUGGUGCGGAGUUUGGAAAUCCCAAGACCAAUCAAAGGAGUGGAUGUUCCUGGAUGUGGAAAGAUAUUUGUGGAGUUUAAUUCUAUAAUUGACUGUCAAAAGGCACAGCAAGCAUUGACAGGAAGGAAGUUCUCCAACAGAGUUGUCGUCACCUCAUACUAUGAUCCAGAUAAAUAUCAUCGAAGAGAAUUUUAACAUUGUUUGUCCCAUAAUAACUUUUAGUCAUCAUGUCUUAAUUAAAUGUACAAAUUGAAAUGAACUUCAUGUUUUAUUUGUUUAUAAAUAUCGAUUUUAAUAUUAAAUCACCUAGCCAUGGGCUAUUUCAGUU